AUGACAGAAGAGCAAUCCGUGAAAAAGGCUCCGUCCUUCUUCAUCUCACACGGCGCGGGGCCGUUUGCCCUUCUUGGGGCCGACCACCAACAAGGUCUUGUGGAACUCUGUAAAAAAACGCGAUGGGUUUUGGAUGGAGCAAAAGCAAUCAUUCUGGUCACCGCACACUGGGAGACGGAUCAACCACACAUUAGUUCCGGGGCCAAUCCGGAAAUCUACUUUGACUAUUUCGACGACCUUGCGACUCAACUGCCACCUGAGGCCUUCCAAUUCAAAUAUCCUGCCAAGGGAUAUCCCGCGCUCGCCGAGAGAAUUAAGGCGAAGCUCGACGCAAACGGCUUCGAGGCGGUGUUGGACGAUACCCGAGGCUGGGACCAUGGUGUUUGGGUUCCAUUAAUUCUGCUCCGGCCCCAGGCCGAUAUUCCAGUGGUCCAGGUAUCGAUUCCCACGGGACGUGACAAGGCCGCCCCAGCUGCUCUCAAACUCGGGCGAUCCCUUGAAUCGUUCCGGGACGAGGGCUGCGUGAUUCUCACCAGUGGCUCCAGCUACCAUAAUUUCGACGCCGUCAUCGAUGAGAUCAUGGGCAAGAGCCGUUCAGGCUCUAUUCCGAGCAAUCGGCCAUUCGAGACCGCCAUGGAAGAAGUCUCCAAGCUUCCUGAUAUAAAUCAGAAGUGUGAGAAAAUGCUCAAAUGGCGGGAGGAGUUCCCCGACAGUGAAGCGGUUCACCCUAGCGGCAAGUCCGAACAUUUUGUGCCGUUCAUCGUCGGCAUCGGCGCGUCUGGGAACGACGUGGGGAAGAAACUGGGGGAGUGGAACAUGCUCGGGACCAUUAUGAGUUCUUUUAUUUGGUAG